AUGGCAUUUAGAACAACAAUUGAUCUAUGCUCUUUACUUGAACUUCCAUACACGGGUUCGGAUUACACUUGGGCAAAAAAUAAGAGAAAUCCUCAUGCUUUACAAGAACGUUUAGAUUGGUGCUUCAUCAAUAAAGUAUGGAAUGACAGGUUGAAUUUGCCUCAAGUCUCUCACUUGGAUUACUAUGGAUCGUACCACAGAGCAAUUCUUAUUGUGAUUAAUUUUCAAGAAAUCAACAAUGAAGUAAGGUAUCGCUCUCGUUUCAUAUUUGCGAAAAUGUGGCUUAAAGAGAAUGAAUGUUCGAACAUCAUCAUUGCUUGCUGGCAACAUUCCCAUGGAAAUCCUAUUGAUGUUUUAACUCAGAAUCUCUCUGCGUGUGCGGCUGGUUUACAGUCUUGGCACCAUGCCGAAUUUGCUUCAGCACGACAUUCCAACAAUAAGAUUCGAUCCUUAGCUGAUGAAAAUGGGAAUGUGCUCACUUCAAAUGAUGAUAUUGCUACACAGGUUUCCUCCUACUUUGAACAUCUUUUUCAAGCUGAAGAGGAAGACUAUUGGGCCCUGCAACAUGUUCUGCAAGUAAUUCUUACAACUGUUACUGAUGUGCAUAAUAAUUUCCUACUGCAAGAAUUUACUAUAGAUGAUGUUUUUGAAGCUUGA